UCUCCAACACCGACUCUACUUCAAGCCUAAGCGCGCGGUUCGAAAAUUCGUGUGACGUCACGACUUCUGGUCAUAAUAAACUUCGGAACGCAUGCAGUGGCUCUUUGCUGAUUGCUGAAGCUUCUUACGUUGUGCGAACGCUGAAGCAGAAUACUUUGAUUUUUUUAUGGUUUUAAGGUUGGAUGUAUUUUAGAGAGUUAUUAAAAUGCCGGGUAGAUGCUGUGUACCAUUAUGUAAGGGAAACUACCCAACAGGACCAAAAGUGUCUGUAUUCUCCUUUCCUAAAAAUGAAGAUUUGAAGAGAGAGUGGCUUUCUGCAAUCCAACGGAAAGACUUUUCACCCAAAAAGAGUUCAAAGGUUUGUGAAUUGCAUUUCAAGGAAAGUGAUUUUAAAGUUGAAGCUUCAGCAUUUGAUUCUAAGAAUGGAAUUUUAAUUUCUGCUCCACUUCAGGUGCGUAGAUUAAAAGAAAAUACAGUGCCAUCAAUAUUUAAGGACUAUCCAUCUGUAUACAGUUCAAAAAGUAGCACCAUUGUACGAGAAGAUCCUGAUGCAAAAAAAACUGCCCGCGAGUGCCAUAAUUUACAGAAAGCAUUGCGUGAAAGCCUUAAAGAAUAUGAAAUGUAUAAUAAUGAUUUGAAAAUUAAUUGUUCUAAUGAUAUUUUGUCAUGUAUUGAUCGCUAUGGAAUAUCAGCAUUUUGGCAUGUAUACACAGUUCCAGAUACCUCAACUGUUUGCUUUAUUCAUAUUGUUUUUAGUCCUGGGCCAUCAAUUGAUUAUUCUGUAGUUGUGAAUGACAAUCAAGAAAUGUCUGUAUUUAUUAAAGAAAAAUCUAUUAUGCAAUUAUCUCCUUACACAUUCCCACAUAAAGUUACAAAUUUUAAUGAAAUUAGGACUGUUUUAGAUAAAUUGGCUAAUCUUCAAACCAAAGAGUUAAAUUCAAAAUUAACCAUAACAAUUGAUAUAAUUAAUGAAUUACUGCAAACUAUCUCUAACGACAAAAAUGAGAGCAUUAUUAAAUUUUUGCAAGACCUGAUGAAUCUUUUACUUUGCCCUAAAAAUAAUUUUACAUACAAUCCUGAUGUCCUAGUGUUAGCAUGCUUGUUAAAUACUAUAUCACCACAUGCAUAUAAAUUUUUAAGGGAUAGUGGCAGUAUUAUUAUGCCUCAUCCUUCGACUUUAAAAAAAAAUUUGUAG